ACCAGUUUCAUCGGCUCGUUCAGUUCAUUCCAUCCAUCUUGAGAAGUAAUUCCUACGUUAGAAGAGUAAAAAUGGGUGGUAGAGUCAUCAAUUUCGGUGCCGGACCAGCAAAACUCCCUGAGGAGGUGUUGAAGGGUGUGCAGGAGGAAUUACUAUCCUUCGCAAACACCAAAGUGAGCAUUUUGGAGCUCAGUCACAGGUCAGGUGAUUUCGCAAAAGUCAACCAAGAUACUCAGGACCGUUGCAGGGAGCUCUUGAACAUCCCCAGUAAUUACAAAGUCCUGUUCAUGCAGGGUGGAGGCACUGGACAGUUCGCAGCAGUUCCCCUGAAUCUCAUCAGCAAGACUGGAGUUGCUGAUUACUUCAUAACAGGAUCUUGGUCGGCAAAGGCAGCUAAGGAGGCAGCUAAAUACGGAAAAAUCAACCAUGUACUGCCGAAAACUAGUUCAUACACAGAAAUACCUGAUCGCGCAGCCUGGAAAUUCGAUCCCAAUGCAUCUUACGUGUAUUAUUGUGCCAAUGAAACGGUCCAUGGCAUAGAAUUCGACUACGUCCCUGAGACUAAUGGGGUUCCAUUAGUUGCUGAUAUGUCUUCCAAUAUUUUGACAAGGAAACUUGACAUUUCCAAGUUCGGAGUAAUCUACGCUGGAGCCCAGAAGAACAUUGGCCCCUCUGGAGUGACCCUCGUGAUCGUCCGAGAGGACCUCCUGGGCAAAGCACUGCCCAUUUGCCCUUCAGUUCUGGAUUAUACGGUCAUGGCAAAUGAUAACUCUCUGUACAACACGCCACCGACAUUCCAAAUCUACGUAGUUGGACGUGUGUUCGACUGGAUAAAACAACACGGUGGAGUCGAAGGAAUGGAGAAGCUCUCGAUAAUUAAGAGUAAACUAGUCUACGACGUUAUCGAACAGUCCAACGGGUUCUAUAGUUGUCCGGUCAAGUCACACUCCAGGAGCAGAAUGAACCUGCCCUUCAGAAUUGGGAAGAAUGACGAGGAGCUAGAGAAAAAAUUCCUAGCCGGAGCUGCGGAGCGUGGAAUGCUCCAACUCAAGGGCCACAGGUCUGUGGGCGGCAUUAGGGCCUCUCUGUAUAAUGCAGUGUCGGUUGAAGAUGCUCAGGAACUUGCCAACUACAUGAAGGAAUUCUACAAGGCUCAUGCCCAGUGAACACAACAAUAUUAUUAUUAUUUUUAUAAAGAAUAAAAACUUUAUUGAUCAGUUUCAAA